GAUUGAGCGAGCAGCCAGGAAGCAGCCAGAGAUUCCGAAAGAUAAACAGAAAACAGCUUGGAUAUCCCGAUGGGAAUUGUUGGCCACAUGGACAGAGACAGCAUGCCGGCCGACUUAUCAGAAGCCCUGAAGCUGGCCACAAAGGAGUCGCACGCACUGGCCGAAAACUCGGAGUUCAUGAGAAACUUCCAGAAGGGUCAGGUCACCCGGGAUCAGUUUACGCUAUUACUGGACUCUCUGUACUUCAUCUACACUGCCUUGGAAGAGGAGAUCGAGAGGAACAAGGAUCACCCGGCCUUCGCCCCUCUCUACUUCCCCUCAGAGCUCCACCGGAAGGAGGCCUUGGAGCAGGAUCUGGAAUACUUCCACGGGCCAGGCUGGAGAAAUCGCAUCGAGUGUCCGAAGGCCACAGGGAAGUACGUGUCCCGGAUCCAGCACGUGGGGCAAAGGGAGCCCGAGCUUCUGGUGGCCCACGCCUACAUCAGGUACUUGGGGGACCUGUCGGGUGGACAGGUGCUCAAGAAGGUGGCCCAGAAAGCAUUGCAGCUGCCGAGCACGGGUGAAGGGGUCGCAUUUUUCACCUUUGACGGGGUCACCAACGCCACCAAGUUCAAACAGCUAUAUCGCUCGAGAAUGAACACACUGGAAGUCAAUAGAGAGACAAUGGAAAAGAUCCUGGAUGAGGCAAACCGGGCCUUUCAACUCAACGUGGGGGUUUUUGCAGAGCUGCAGCAGCUGGAAGCUCAGAACCAGAAGCAAGGUGUCAGCAUGCCGGCCGACCUAUCAGAAGCCCUGAAGUUGGCCACAAAGGAUUCGCACGAACUGGCCGAAAACUCGGAGUUCAUGAGAAACUUCCAGAAGGGUCAGCUCACCCGGGAUCAGUUUAAGCUAUUACUGGACUCUCUGUACUUCAUCUACACUGCCUUGGAAGAGGAGAUCGAGAGGAACAAGGAUCACCCGGCCUUCGCCCCUCUCUACUUCCCCUCAGAGCUCCACCGGAAGGAGGCCUUGGAGCAGGAUCUGGAAUACUUCCACGGGCCAGGCUGGAGAAAUCGCAUCGAGUGUCCGAAGGCCACAGGGAAGUACGUGUCCCGGAUCCAGCACGUGGGGCAAAGGGAGCCCGAGCUUCUGGUGGCCCACGCCUACAUCAGGUACUUGGGGGACCUGUCGGGUGGACAGGUGCUCAAGAAGGUGGCCCAGAAAGCAUUGCAGCUGCCGAGCACGGGUGAAGGGGUCGCAUUUUUCACCUUUGACGGGGUCACCAACGCCACCAAGUUCAAACAGCUGUAUCGCUCGAGAAUGAACACACUGGAAGUCAAUAGAGAGACAAUGGAAAAGAUCCUGGAUGAGGCAAACCGGGCCUUUCAACUCAACGUGGGGGUUUUUGCAGAGCUGCAGCAGCUGGAAGCUCAGAACCAGAAGCAAGGUGUCAGCAUGCCGGCCGACCUAUCAGAAGCCCUGAAGUUGGCCACAAAGGAUUCGCACGAACUGGCCGAAAACUCGGAGUUCAUGAGAAACUUCCAGAAGGGUCAGGUCACCCGGGAUCAGUUUAAGCUAUUACUGGACUCUCUGUACUUCAUCUACACUGCCUUGGAAGAGGAGAUCGAGAGGAACAAGGAUCACCCGGCCUUCGCCCCUCUCUACUUCCCCUCAGAGCUCCACCGGAAGGAGGCCUUGGAGCAGGAUCUGGAAUACUUCCACGGGCCAGGCUGGAGAAAUCGCAUCGAGUGUCCGAAGGCCACAGGGAAGUACGUGUCCCGGAUCCAGCACGUGGGGCAAAGGGAGCCCGAGCUUCUGGUGGCCCACGCCUACAUCAGGUACUUGGGGGACCUGUCGGGUGGACAGGUGCUCAAGAAGGUGGCCCAGAAAGCAUUGCAGCUGCCGAGCACGGGUGAAGGGGUCGCAUUUUUCACCUUUGACCGGGUCACCAACGCCACCAAGUUCAAACAGCUGUAUCGCUCGAGAAUGAACACACUGGAAGUCAAUGGAGUGACAAUGGAAAAGAUCCUGGAUGAGGCAAACCGGGCCUUUCAACUCAACGUGGGGGUUUUUGCAGAGCUGCAGCAGCUGGAAGCUCAGAACCGGAAGCAAGGUGUCAGCAUGCCGACCGACCUAUCAGAAGCCCUGAAGUUGGCCACAAAGGAUUCGCACGAACUGGCUGAAAACUCGGAGUUCAUGAGAAACUUCCAGAAGGGUCAGGUCACCCGGGAUCAGUUUAAGCUAUUACUGGACUCUCUGUACUUCAUCUACACUGCCUUGGAAGAGGAGAUCGAGAGGAACAAGGAUCACCCGGCCUUCGCCCCUCUCUACUUCCCCUCAGAGCUCCACCGGAAGGAGGCCUUGGAGCAGGAUCUGGAAUACUUCCACGGGCCAGGCUGGAGAAAUCGCAUCGAGUGUCCGAAGGCCACAGGGAAGUACGUGUCCCGGAUCCAGCACGUGGGGCAAAGGGAUCCUGAGCUUCUGGUGGCCCACGCCUACAUCAGGUACUUGGGGGACCUGUCGGGUGGACAGGUGCUCAAGAAGGUGGCCCAGAAAGCAUUGCAGCUGCCGAGCACGGGUGAAGGGGUCGCAUUUUUCACCUUUAACCGGGUCACCAACGCCACCAAGUUCAAACAGCUGUAUCGCUCGAGAAUGAACACACUGGAAGUCAAUAGAGAGACAAUGGAAAAGAUCCUGGAUGAGGCGAACCGGGCCUUUCAACUCAACGUGGGGCUUUUUGGUGAACUCCAAGCUUUGAGCUCAGGACCGGAGUGCAAUGGUGCUGUACACGGGAACAGCACAGAGACCAGGAAACGCACCUUCGCGCAGGGACAAGCAAUACCUACCGGAACCAAUCAGCAUCUGCCAAAGCAGCCACAGGAUUCGCUAACGUCCAGCCCAUCCCUGCGAUUUGCCCUCCUGCUCGGUUUAGCAGCACUUGCUAUUGGCUGGUACCUGUAUCUGCUGUGAGAAUGCUCAACGAGAGGCAACAAGGGGAUUCGAGCUGCUCUCUUCACCUCGAUUUCUGUGUCACAGCACUAACCGAACUUUAUCAGCUAUUUAGCCAUGCCGCGAGGUUGGUGGGGGGGGUCUCAUUCUCACCUCUGAGUCAGAAGGCUGUGGGUUCAAACCCCACCCCAGAGAGCUGAUUUUAUAAUCCGAUCUGACACUCCCCCCAGUGCAGUACUGGGGGAGUGCAGCACUGUUGGAGGUGCCCACCUUUUUUUCUGUCUGAAAUGUUAAACUUAGUCCCCGUCUGCCCUGCUCGGUUGGAUGUGGAAGAUCCCACGGCACUAUAUCGAAGGACAGCUUGGGAGUUCUCCCCAGUUUCCUGACCCAUAUGUAUCCCUCAACCAACAUCAUAGAGAAAAAAAUACAGGUCACUAUCGCAUUGAUUUUUGUGGGAGCUCGCAGUGCGCAGAUUGGCUGCUGCAUUUCCUGCAAUUAUGACAUUUCACAAAGUACUUGAUUGACUGUAAAGCGCUUUGGGACAUUCCGAGAUGGUGAAAGGCACUAAAUAGAUGCAAAUCCUUUCUCCAAAGCUGUGUCUGUGUGGGAAUCGCAUUCUGGGCUGUGGGACCAGGACAGUUCUCCAACUGUUCAACUUUCAUCAGCCCGCUCUGUCUGUGCGACACGAGCAAAGGGAAAACCAGGUUCUAGUGGGUGAGCUGAGUGUGCUUCUGCUAGUGGGACUUUUCACUCACUGUUUUUAACCAUCGCAUGUGACACUAGUCUCUGUGAAUCAGGUACUGGAUAAAAAAAAUACUCAGGGAAGGUAUCAUAGGAACAGGAGGAGGCUGUACCACACCCCCCCCCACCCCUUUGCUAACUAACCUACUGAAUCCUUUCCACACUCGAUCAAUUGCCCUUUCCAUCGUCCAAACUCAAGGAAAUAUCAGUCAAAUUUAUGCAACCUGGCCUCAUAAGCUUUGACUGAUCCUCACCCCUGUGAAACUCCUUGGGGUGUUUUCCAAUGUUAAAGGUGCUAUACGAAUGCAAGUUGUUGCUGUUUUAAAAAAAAUCACCGACGUUGAGGCUUUUACUGCAGGGAGCUCCAGUUUAUGAAACUUGUCCACUUGUUUUGCUCCGCUCAUCACUAAAAAAAAAUCAUCUGAUUAUUUUCAUGUUAGUGGAGUCUUGCUGUGCAUAAAUCUCCUUAAGUUAAAACAUUGACUGCACUUCAAAAGUAUUUAAUUGGCUGUAAAGCACUUUGAGAGGUCCUGAUGCCACAACAGGCACCAUGGAAAAGCGAGUUCUUUCUAUUUUUUUGUUAGCCUGAAUGUAUAUAAAUAUAUAUUUGUAUAAAUUGUUUCUGAACUAUUUCAAUCUAGGCAAAAUGCAUUUGAAUUAAAAUCUAUACUGAUUUCA